AUGGCUCUGAAACUACGCAAAGAGAUAAAAAAAUCCAGCUACUACGUUUGGUUCCUCGGCGCUAAAGAAUCCAAAGGCUUGCGAGGCACCGAAUACAUCCUGCCCGUCAUCAAACACCUAGAAGAGCGAGAAAAGGACGUGGAACCCUUCAAGGUCACUCUACAAGUAUCCCACAAGGGUCUGAAGAUAGUCCAGAACGUGCUAUCCCAGAACCCGAAAAGCUCCAAACCCAAAAACGAGACCAUCAAGCACUUCAUACCGCACAACACCAUCACCUGCGUGCUCCAGCACGAUGACGUCAUAGCGUGCAUCCUGCUGCUGUUCAAUCCGGUGACUAAAUGCCCGCUGCACGUGCACGCGUACAGGUGUGACAGCCUGGAGACGGCCACGUUGCUCAAAGGCCAGCUGCAGACUUUGAUAGAGCGGCCGGAGAACCAGAAGAAGUUCGCCGAGAUCGAGAGCAGGCUCAAGCCUCAGAAUGAGCGGAAAAAAGUGGAGAGCAGUAUCGGCAGCGAUACGGGGACUUCUACGAGGGAGAGUGAGAGUAGCGAAGAAAGGUAUACCGUAGAAAACACAAGAGUGACAACCCUGUAUGAUUCGGUGGCAGCUGAGCUUCGCGCCAAACUAGGGAAGAAGAAUUCGCCGAUUUUACUGCCACCACGUGACUAUGACACCGUCCACAGGACUAAAGGCAACCUCACAGGUAUUGAAUUGAGGCGCUGCCUCAACGCUAACAUCGUGGGACAAAAUGGGAAAGCUAAGAGGUUAGAAAGCAGCGGAGGUAGUUCCGGAAUAGGCUCUGAUCAUCCGCCCAGUCCGGAUUCUCCGGAUGCUCCGGACUCCAGGUUCAACACUCUGGACAAUCAAAGCACCAGCGAUGAAGAUUGGAACGGAGAUCCUUCAGAUUCCACCGUGUACCUAAUGCACCAGCCGCCACAGGUCACGUUGCCCCGCCCCAACAGAGAAAAAUCCCCGGAACCCGUUCAAAGGUUCUCCAGAUAUGCGGAGCCGUCCCAGCAAAAGUACGACAAGUCCAAUAAAAACUUGAGGCAAGAAACGCACAGGUACCUAGAAAAACCCAUAGCCAAGUUCACGGAAAACAAAUACCUGGAAAGACAGAGGAGUCUGGACAAGGACAAGGAGAUCAAGAGAAACUAUGACGAGGGAGAAAGAGAAAGGUAUUCUUCGAGCCCUGCAGAUAAAAACCACAAAUUCGUCGACAAAUACUAUCAAAGUGAUGAACGUCAACACAGAGACAAGUAUGGUGGCUACCAUGAGAAUGAGAGGUUUUCGGAGAGAAGACGAGACAAAGACGAAUUUCCGGAAUGGAGGACAGAGAGGGAGAAACCAUUGAAGUAUUUUGACGAUGAUGGAUUCGAUGAAAAUAUGAGAAGCCGCAGCAAAACGACAGACUUCUGCAGAGAACAACGCUACUCGUACGAAGACGAAGAGGAGUACUUCGAAGACCCUCGCCAAUAUAAAGAGUACCCCGUGCCCAAGGUCAGACAACGGUACGCCAACGAGGAGGGCACCAAGUACUACCCUCUGGAAGCCCGAAGGUCGAAAAGCCCGCCCAAGAGAGUCCCCACCGAAGACUCCAGACACUUCGUCGAGACGAAACCGGCUCAGAAAGACGGUCUGAGAAGCGUGAGCAACAGGAGCGACCAGUCGACCAGAUCGCAGGACGGCGCCAGGCGGCAGGCCUUGGAAGAGGUCAAAGCACCCAGGGAUCGCUUCAAGGACGCCAAGGAGAAGUUCCUGUUGAUGGAGAGGGAGAGAUUGGAGGGGGAGAGGGGCAGGCCGGAACCGCCCAUUUCUCCGGUGCGGAUCAAGGAGAAGCCUUUCCAGAAGAGGUUCGAGAAAGAGCCGGCGAGGAAUAUCUACGAUAAUCGAUACUACAGUAAUCGAGCGGAUGCAGACGAAGAUGCCGAGCCGAGACCGGCCCCCAGACACGCCCCUGAGGAAGUCCGAUACAGGGAGAGGAGCCAGCCGCAGGAGCGGUAUAAUAGGGAUGCGGAUAAGUACGAUCCGAAGCGUAGGUCGAUGUUCUCGUUGAUCGAGGAGGAGCACAGGAAGAAUUCCAACGAGAUAGCUAGGGAGUUGAAACGCAGGUCUUACAUGGACGGGAACGACGAAGUGGAAAGAUACAGCAACAACAUUGACAGACACUAUCAAGACUUUCCCGAAGCUGACAGAUUCGUGGAGACGUAUUCCAAGUCGAGUGCAGAGUUGGACAAAGUUAGCGAAUUGAAAUACGUGAGGAAUCAAAAAGCCACCAAAAACUCAGCGGGAUACAGACACAGCUAUGCCGAACCGAAACUGAGGAUGGACAAAGCAGGAAAGAAACACUUUGCGGAGAUGUUGCAUAGAACUAAUAGUUCGGUGGGAAAUAAUGGGAGGGUAGGGAUUGCUAGCGUACAUCCGUACUAG